CUACUGGACUGGGAGAGCCUACACGGACAGAUCCCCAUGCAAGCAGCUGUUAUUUUCAACUUUGGAUGGUCUUCCAAAUUCAGCGACCCUGUCCUCUAUAGGGGCUCAGAGAGUGAGGAUCAGUUUACCUACGUGUUUCCAGCCGUUGGAGCUGAAGCCGGAAUGUGGCUCUAUGAAAAUCGUGACAUCAAGAUCAUAGCCACAGACACAAUGACACCAGACCCCUUGUCCAUCAACGGAAGUAAAAUUACCUCCUUCCCAAUUCACCAAAAAUACCUCCCUAACGGACAACGUCUACCGCCAAAAGGCUUCAGGUUUCACGCAGCUCCCGUGAAGUACGUUGGAGGUACCGGGACACAGGUUCGGGCCCAUGCAAUGACAUUUGAUGAUGACUUUAAUGCAGGAAUGCCAGGGCUUCAUACAGCUCAGAACUUCUACUGCGUAUUGUUACUCAUUUCCUGUAGUUUAUAUUUAGGAGGUUUUUUUGUAAACUGA